AUGAAUGGAAGAUUCAGAAGGAAGGCGAUGUGACUUUCACUUUGGUUUACAAUAAAAAUGUUUGAAAAAUAAACUCCCUCUCGGUUUCGUUAGCAAGUCAAUCUUCAACGCCAUAGCCAUAGCCAUAGCCAUAAAAUUUACAUUCUUCUUCAUUUCUUCAACUCCACAGCUAACACGGCCUUCGAUCUGAUUCUCGAAUACCCAUUUCGCCAACCACAAUGUGUGGGAUUUUCGCGUAUUUGAAUUACAAUGUCGACAGAGACAGGCGCUUCAUUCUCCAGGUUUUGUUUAAUGGCCUCCGCCGUUUGGAGUACAGAGGCUAUGAUUCUGCCGGGAUCUCCGUCGAUUCUUCUCCCUUUCACUCUCAAUUCAAUUCAGAUCUCAGCAAUGGUCAUUCCCUCCCUCCCCUUCCCCUCGUCUUUCGUCAGGCUGGCAACAUCGAUUCCCUUGUCAAAUCUGUUCACCGGGAUGUUGAAUCAACCAAUUUGAAUUUGGAGGAACAUUUCUCUGUACAUGCUGGGAUUGCACAUACCCGUUGGGCAACUCAUGGAGAGCCAGCUCCAAGGAAUAGUCAUCCUCAAACCUCUGGUCCUGAAAAUGAAUUUCUGGUUGUUCACAAUGGAAUUAUUACUAAUUAUGAGGUCUUAAAGGAAACUCUAGUUCGACAUGGUUUUGUUUUUGAAUCUGAUACCGAUACGGAAGUAAUUCCAAAGCUGGCAAAAUUUGUUUUUGACAAUGCAACUGAAGGUGGUCAGGCUGUCACAUUUAAUCAAGUUGUGCUUGAAGUUAUGAGGCAUCUAGAAGGAGCUUAUGCACUAAUUUUCAAAAGCAGACAUUACCCGAAUGAAUUGAUUGCUUGCAAACGUGGUAGUCCAUUGAUCCUCGGAGUUAAAGAUUUAGCUGAAAAUACCUGCAAUGGAUCAGCAUUCAAUGACGACAAGUUUCUUUCGAAAAAUGGGCACCCAAAAGAACUUUUCUUAUCCAGCGAUGCUAAUGCCGUAGUUGAACAUACAAAGAAAGCUUUGGUGAUAGAGGAUGGUGAAGUUGUUCAUAUCAAGGAUGGAGCUGUAUCUAUAGUGAAGUUUGACAAGGAGAUGGGGAAAAGUGGUGCUGCUCUUUCUAGACCUGCAUCGGUGCAACGUGCCUUGUCAGUUCUAGAAAUGGAGGUCGAGCAAAUAAAUAAGGGAAAUUAUGAGCACUACAUGCAAAAAGAAAUUCAUGAACAACCUGAAUCUCUAACGACCACAAUGAGGGGGAGGCUAAUACGUCGAGCUUCUUCCAAAGAGAAAACUGUUCUUUUGGGUGGACUAAAGGAUCGCCUUAAAACAAUAAGGCGAAGCAGGCGUAUUGUUUUCAUUGGUUGUGGUACAAGCUACAAUGCUGCUUUAGCUGCCAGGCCUAUCCUUGAAGAACUAUCUGGUGUUCCUGUUACAAUGGAAAUUGCUAGUGAUCUCUUGGAUCGUCAAGGGCCAAUAUACAGAGAAGAUACAGCUGUUUUUGUUAGUCAAUCUGGUGAAACUGCAGAUACUUUACACGCCUUGGAAUAUGCUUUAGAAAAUGGAGCAUUGUGCGUAGGCAUAACGAAUACAGUUGGUAGUGCAAUAGCCAGGAAUACACAUUGUGGAAUUCAUAUAAAUGCGGGUGCCGAGAUUGGUGUCGCAAGUACAAAAGCAUACACAAGUCAAAUAGUUGUGAUGGCCAUGAUGGCUCUUGCAAUUGGUGGGGACUCAAUCUCCCAUCAAAGAAGAAGAGAGGCUAUAAUAGAUGGCUUAUUUGAAUUGCCAAACAAAGUGAGGGAAGUGCUGAAACUGGAUCAGGAAAUGAAGGAUCUUGCUGAACUAUUGAUUGCUGAGCAGUCACUUCUUGUAUUUGGGAGAGGAUACAACUAUGCUACAGCGCUCGAGGGUGCUUUGAAAGUAAAGGAAGUGGCACUAAUGCACAGUGAAGGAUUGCUUGCUGGGGAAAUGAAACACGGUCCUUUAGCAUUGGUUGAUGAAAAUCUUCCGAUUGUUGUUAUUGCUACACGUGAUGCUUGCUUCAGCAAGCAGCAGUCUGUCAUUCAACAACUUCAUGCUCGCAAAGGUCGCCUCAUAGUCAUGUGUUCCAAAGGAGAUGCUCAAAGUGUGUGCCCCGGAGAUUCCUGUAGAGUAAUAGAAGUUCCCCAAGUUGAGGAUUGCCUCCAACCCGUGAUUAAUAUCAUUCCAUUACAGUUAUUGGCAUAUCAUCUCACUGUUCUUAGGGGUUACAAUUGUGAUCAGCCUAGAAAUCUUGCCAAGAGUGUGACAACAGAGUAGUGAACUAGCUCCAUUCACAAUAUCUUUCCUCCUCUUUCACUCUUAACACCUCAUGAGGGUUCGACUUCUUUGUGCGACGCUGCUCAGGAUCUCCUUGUAGAUUGCAACUUCUGAUCUUCUGAUGAUAUUAUUUUAACUAGGGUGGUGAGUCUUGUCCUUUGUAUAUUAGCAGAUAAUAGUGGCUGCUAGGCUUUCACAAUUCUAUUCAUUUGGAAGAUAAUGUGUUUAGUUACCAAUAUGUUGUACUAUGCUUCAUUCUUAUUUAACUGUUCUUCAACUUUUGUGAGCC